AUUUAUUUUAGAAAACACCGGAGCAGCUGUGCCGCAACCACAAGCGCAACAGAAGAAGAAGAAGAAAGAACUUCCGGAGGUCAUAGGUGGUCUUCGUUUUUGAAAACAUGGAUCCAAACAACGUGAAUGAAGCAUCGGACAAGAUGAGUGAUGAUGGAGAAAUGGCAUCUGUCAUGGGAUUCUCUGGGUUUGGUAAGAAGGCCCGCACAUUUGACCUGGAUGCCAUUUUUGAACAGACCCGUCGAACAGCCAUUGAGAGGAGUCAGCGUGCAUUAGAGAGGAAGCAGAAUGAUGAUCAGAUGGAGGAGGAAGGGGAAAGCUCCAAAUCAGUCAAGUCAUCAGUACACACUCAGAGAGACAAAGCUGCGACUGCUACUUCCAGAAAACAGGAGAGUGAGAGCAGCAGUGACAGUGGUUCAGAUUCAGACUCAGAAUCCGAGCUUAUUGGGCCUCCACUGCCUCCUCAAUAUACAGCCCAAGAUGACGAUGAUGAGCAUGUGCGACUGCCUCGCCUACCAGGCAACGCGGCUCACAGUGAUGAUGAUGAAGGGGAGACACAAGAUGACGAUGAUGAUGAUGAUGAUGACAAUCCAGUGAAGAAGAUUCCAGACACUCAUGAGAUUACACUGCAGCACGGCACCAAGACAGUAUCAGCUCUUGCAUUAGACCCCUCUGGAGCUCGUCUGGUGACUGGUGGGUAUGAUUAUGAUGUGCGGUUCUGGGAUUUUGCUGGAAUGGACCAGGCUCUGCAGGCUUUCAGAUCCCUCCAGCCCUGUGAGUGCCAUCAGAUCAAGACCCUGCAGUACAGCAACACUGGUGAUGUCAUUUUGGUGGUUUCUGGCAAUGCACAGGCCAAGGUGUUGGACCGUGAUGGCUUCAAUGUCAUGGAGUGUGUGAAGGGAGACCAGUACAUUGUGGAUAUGGCCAAAACCAAGGGCCACACAGCUAUGCUGAAUUCUGGCUGCUGGCAUCCCAAGAUUAAAGAAGAGUUCAUGACCUGCUCCAAUGAUGGCACUGUGCGCACAUGGGACCUGAGCUCGGAGAAGAAGCACAAGUCUGUGUUCAAACCGCGUUCCUUCCAGGGGAAGAAGGUCAUCCCCACAUGCUGCACCUACAGCCGCGAUGGGAAGCUCAUUGCGGCAGGCUGCCAGGAUGGCACCAUCCAGAUAUGGGACAGAAACCUCAGCGUCCAUACAAAGUUCCACUGUCGGCAAGCACACAUUCCAGGAUCAGACACCUCUUGCCUCUCCUUUUCAUAUGAUGGCAUGACUCUCGCUUCACGUGGAGGUGAUGACACUCUGAAGAUGUGGGAUAUACGUAACUUCAGGAAUCCUGUGAAUUUCGCUACUGGACUGACCAACUACUUUACAAUGACUGACUGCUGUUUUAGCCCAGAUGACAAACUUCUUGUAACAGGGACCUCUGUGAAGAAAGACGAGGGGAAUGGGAAGUUGGUUUUCUUUGAGCGAACUUCCUUUCAGAAGGUUUAUGAAAUAGAAGUCACCAAUGCAAGCGUCGUACGCUGCCUGUGGCACCCAAAACUUAACCAGAUAAUGGUGGGAACUGGGAAUGGACUGUCCAAGGUCUACUAUGACCCUGUUAAAAGCCACAGAGGGGCUAAGCUGUGUGUAGUGAAGAGUCAGCGGAAAGAGAGACAAGCAGAGACGCUAACACAAGAUUACAUCAUCACACCUCAUGCCUUACCCAUGUUCAGAGAGGCCCGGCAGCGGAGUACACGAAAACAGCUGGAGAAGGACCGACUUGACCCAAAGAAAUCCCACAAACCCGAGCCGCCUGUAUCUGGACCAGGUCGUGGAGGAAGAGUAGCAGCUCAUGGUGGCACUCUGUCUUCAUUCAUUGUGAAGAACAUUGCUUUAGAUAAAACCGAUGACAGUAACCCACGGCAAGCCAUCCUACGUCACGCCAAGGAAGCUUCAGAAAACCCUUACUGGGUUGCUCCGGCAUACACACAGACCCAACCAGAGCCUGUGUUUGCAGAGGAAUCGGAGGAGGAUGAGGAAGCUGACAAGGAACCAGAGUGGAAGAAACGCAAGAUCUGAGGUGCCUCAACUGCAGCUCAUCUAAAUGGAAUAGCAGACAGGGUGGGCUUGUGCUUAUAUAUAUAUAUAUAU